CGCUGCCAGCUGCCAGCCCAGCCCCGCGAGCCAGGUGCUUUUCCCUCUCGUUCAGCAUAGUGAUUCCAACCUUCAACAAAACCACCCAAAAUGUCGACCUUCGCUCCCCCCGAGGCUCACCAGCAGUUCCAGCACAUUCUCCGUCUCCUUAACACCAACGUUAAGGGCACUGGAAAGAUCAUGUUCGCCCUUACCGAGAUCAAGGGUGUUGGUCGCCGUUACUCGAACCUUGUCUGCAAGAAGGCCGACAUUGACCUCAACAAGCGCGCCGGCGAGCUCAACUCGGACGAGCUUGAGCGCAUUGUCACCAUCAUGCAGAACCCUGCCCAGUUCAAGAUCCCCACCUGGUUCCUCAACCGUCAGCGUGACCUGAUCGACGGCAAGAACUCGCACAUCGUCUCGAACCAGAUCGACCAGAAGAUGCGUGACGACCUCGAGCGCCUGAAGAAGAUCCGCUCGCACCGUGGUCUCCGUCACCACUGGGGUCUCCGUGUCCGUGGCCAGCACACCAAGACCACUGGUCGCCGUGUCGGCCGCGCCGUCGCUGGCAAGAAGAAGUAAAUUUCUCGCGAUAGCCACCAGGUUGUCGUCGGCGAGCGGGGAUCGAGGUCGCGUGGGCACGAGGAUGGGUGCCUGCCGUCUCACAUUUCAUACAGGGAUGCACGCAUUCUUUCCGA